ACAACUCGAGCUAAUCGGUCGGCAUUUGUUACGAUGUGAGACCCUUUCGUGUUUUUUAAGAGGAUACAACAACGUAACACUGUCAACUGUCAGGUUAAUGUGCGUUUCGAGACAUCGUUCUGGGAUAAGACUGAAAGGAAGACUUCAUUCGCCUUCGGGACGGAGCACCACACAAACAUGGCGACAGCAGAAAUGCAGAGACAAGACAAAUACAUCAGCCGCUUUCGGGAAGUACUUCCUCAGGUUCUGGCGAGCGUGGCCUGCAACUUCGUGCUGCUGGACCUCAACCUGUCGCUCGCCUAUCCCACCAUCCUGAUCGCUCAGUUGCACCGGAAGGAGGGCCCGCUGUCUCUGGACGACGUGCAGGCGUCGUGGCUCGGCAGCAUCGCGUACAUCUGCCAGCCGUUUGGCAGCCUAAGUUCAGGCGUGCUGGUGGAGUGGCUGGGACGCAAGCGCUUCAUGAUGCUGCUCAACGUGCCCUUCUUACUGGGGUGGGUCCUCAUGUGCACGGCACCUAAUUACGCGAUGCUCUGCGUCGCCAGCGUCCUCGUCGGUGUCACGAUUGGCCUCACUGAAGCACCCAUCAACAGCUACAUCGGAGAAGUGUGUCAACCCGAGAUCCGCGGAAUGAUGACGGCUUGUGCUGGAGUAUUCUACCAAUGUGGGUUCUUCCUGGAGUACCUCUUCGGCAGUCUGACCAACUGGAGAACCGCUGCCGGUAUCAGCGCCUCCAUCCCGAUCUUCAGUGCCAUCUACAUCGCUUUGGUGCCCGAGGCGCCGAUAUGGCUUAUUUCCAAGGGAAGAAUAACUGACGCUGAACGAGCCCUGUGCUGGCUGCGUGGUUGGGUGGAGCCGAGCGCCGUGAAGCAAGAGCUCAAUGAACUGAUCCGCUACCACGAGGAAACCAAGCUGCUGCUAAUGAACGAACCCCGAGACCAACAAACAAAAGGGCGGGAAAACCCGGCUUUUGCUGAGGAAAAUGAGACAAGACCGAAGAGCAAAACUGAAGUGGUCACAGUUGUUUCAGACACUGAGGCGCCGGUAGGAGGCAGCAUGUGCUGCGGGCGGCGUGUCGAGAUGCUGGACCGUGUUCGUGACUUGGUGCGACCCCCGACUCUGCGCCCCUUGCUUCUCGUCAUUCCGUUCUUUUUCUUCGUUCACUUCUCCGGGCUGACGUCCAUCAGACCCUUCAUGGUGCAUGUGUUCGAGGAAUACCAGAUGCCCGUCAGCGGUGAAUGGGCCACGGUGGUGUCUGGAGGCUGUGGAGUGGUCAGCACGUUCCUAAUGAUGGGCACAGUGCAACUGAUCGGAAAGCGACCCUUAUCGCUCAUGUGCACGGCGGGCAGUGCGUUGGCAGCCCUGCUGCUUGCUGUGUACGCACUCGUGGAAGUAGCGCCUCAGAAGGCAGGGGAGCAGCUUAGCGCCACCUGGGCGCCCCUGUUGCUCUUCAUCCUGCUGUCAUUCUGUAACGGUAUUGUGGGACAGAUGCCAUGGAUGCUGCUUUCCGAGGUCUUCCCUUUCCGGACGCGCGGUCUCUCUGGGGGCGUCUCCGCGGCAGGAUGCUACGUCUUCCUGUUCCUCAGCGCCAAGACGUUCCUCGACAUUGAACAUUCCUUCCACCUCCAUGGCGCCUUCUGCUUCUAUGGCACCAUAAGCUGCAUUGGCUUCGUGUUCCUGUAUUUUCGCCUGUUGGAAACGGAGGGGAAGUCCCUGGAAGAAAUCGAGCACCACUUCACGGAAGGCCUAAGUGCUCGGCGCAGCACGUACACGCCGUCUAUAGGAGGUGUGGCCAAGCGAUGUGCUACGCGUAACAAAGCAAAUUGUUAUGGGGAUUAUUCAAACAGUAAUUUUGGCCGAUUGCGGCCGGAGGCUAUAUUGGAAGAAGCACCGACUAAGCGCCGGGCCACACAAUCCGUCUGCAAUCUCAACGCAAAGCCUGAAGAGCGUGUCAAGAAUAUUACCGAUACCCAGAAAGAAAUGUUUCAGGAUAAGAAAGACGGACACGAAUUGGAGAUGAUGACGACACCAGGAAACAGAAUUCAGAUCGUUGCCGGAAUGGACAGGCCCAGAGAAAGCAACCAGAAACAAGACAAAAGCGUCAGCCGUUUCAGACAAGUGCUGCCUCAGGUGCUGGCCACCAUGGCGUGCAACUUGGUGGCACUGAACGUUAUCAUCACCCUGGCCUUCUCAACAGUAGCGAUUGCACAGCUGUAUCUUGCGGAAGGUGACCUCUCGCUGGACAGCGUCCAGGCUUCUUGGAUUGCCAGCAUCCCGUACGUCUGCCAGCCCGUGGGUAGCAUCAUGUCGGGGCUCAUUGUGCAGCUGUUGGGCCGAAAGUUCUCCCUGAUGCUAGUCAACGCACCUUUCCUCAUCGGCUGGAUGCUGGUCUGUACUGCAAAAUCUUUCGAGCAGUUCGUCGCAGCACAAGUCAUCCUCGGCGUCACCAUCGGACUGUGCGAAGCGCCGCUCAACACGUACUACGGCGAGAUAAGCCAGCCGGAGCUACGGGGCAUCCUGGCGGGAACAGCGGGGGUAUCCUACCAGUCGGGCUUCUUCCUGGAGUACCUGCUGGGAACAGUGACCCACUGGCGCACUGUGGCCAUCGUCAAUGCGGUCUUCCCUGUUGUCACUGUCAUUUACCUCAGCCAGGUACCCGAUGCUCCAAUUUGGCUGUUAUCGAAGGGGAGAACUCGAGACGCCGAAAAAGCAUUAUGCUGGCUUAGAGGUUGGGUGAAACCGGCCGCCGUUAAAGAAGAGUUCUCACAGCUUGUUCGUUACAACGAAGAAACGAAGAAGAAGGCCGCACUGCGAACGUUACAGGAAGCAGAACAACCGGAAGCAGACACACUUCUGGACUGGUCGGGACAUCAGGCCAACGGCAAAGCGCCAGGAGCACCACGUUGGAACUGUCUGCAUACAGCACGGGACCUGUUUCGUCCUCCGACUCUGAGGCCGCUGUCGCUUGUGAUACCGUUCUUCUUCUUCGUCCACUGGUCAGGGAUGACAGCAAUCAGGCCCUAUAUGGUACACGUAUUCGAAAGCUUCCACGUGCCCAUCGAUCCAAAUUGGGCCACAGUGGUGUCGGCUGGCACAGGAAUCCUGGGCUCCAUGUGUUUGCUGCUGCUGGUACAUUCGGCCGGAAAGCGUUUCCUGUCACUUUGCUGCACCUCUCUGUGCUUCGUGGCCUGCCUCCUUCUCGGACUAUACGCCUUCAUGGUGCCCGGAGUUCCGGAUCCUGUGGUGCAAUGGCUACCACUCAUGCUCUUCAUCGUCUUGUCCUUCGCGCAGAGCAUUGUCAGCCAGAUGCCGUGGACGCUGCUGUGUGAGGUCUUCCCCUUCAGGACGCGCGGUCUUGCCAGUGGCAUCACGGCCGCCGCCUGCUACGUGUUCCUGUUCCUCGCCUCUAAAACGUACCUGGACAUCGAGCAUGGCCUUCAGCUGCAUGGAGCCUUCUGGUUCUACAGUGGGGUCAGCUUCUUUGGGUUUCUGUUCCUGUAUUUCCGCCUUGUGGAGACGGAGGGCAAGACAUUGGAAGAGAUCGAGCAUCACUUUACGCGAGGGCGAAGCGCCAGGGGAAACAAAUAA